AGCUCUAGGGUUUGGAUUACUGUGAGGAUUAAAGGAGCAGAAGAAAGAGACAGGAAACCAAAAAAGGGAACACCCAACUCUGCCUGGUUCUGUUUGGAGUACUUAUUUCAUUCAUUUACGCUAAAAUGGGACUGUGGCUUUAGAUCCAACACUACCCCACCCCAAUGUGACAAUGCUGACAAAGCCCCAAGAAAAAGCCGAAACACACCCUCCCACAGCCCGGCUAUCCACAGCAGCAUGUCCCAGACCAGUGCGCCACCCCUGCUGGAGCCAAACUGGACCACACCAUCACAAAACAGCAGCGGUUUGUUAGCCGACAUAGAGGAACUCCACUGGGCCUCACUGCUCAUCAUCAUUGUCAUCAUCCCGACCAUUGGAGGCAACAUCCUAGUCAUUUUGGCUGUUUCACUGGAGCGCAAGCUUCAAAACGCAACCAACUACUUUCUUAUGUCUCUUGCUGUGGCCGACCUUCUGGUGGGGUUGCUGGUGAUGCCUAUAGCCCUGGUGACUGUGCUCUUCAAUUCAGGGUGGCCCCUGCCCGAGUUCCUGUGCCCAAUCUGGCUCUUCCUGGACGUCUUGUUCUCCACAGCCUCCAUCAUGCACUUGUGUGCAAUCUCCCUUGACCGCUACAUCGCCAUCAAGAAACCCAUCCAGCACAGCCAGUACAAAUCCCGAGCCAAAGCCUUGGCAAAAAUUGCACUGGUCUGGUUGAUAUCUAUAGGUAUCGCAAUUCCCAUUCCCAUCAAAGGGCUGAAAAGUUCUGACCAUCCAAACAAUGUAACAUUCAACAGAAACCACACAUGCCUGUUGACACUUGAGAGCUUUGGAGAAUUUAAAGUUUUUGGCUCUCUGGCUGCCUUUUUCAUUCCCCUCAUGAUAAUGAUGAUCAUCUACCUACUGACAAUCCAAGUGCUGCGGAAGAAAGCCUAUCUCCUCAGAUCGAGGGUCUCCCAGCGCUUCAACAGACCCACCGUGGCGACAGUCUUCCAAAGAGAACAUCCGGUUACCUCUCCGCCAGAGAAACUCGCCAUGCUGGACGGAAUUAAAAGGGACCAAAUACUGAACCCUGUAAACCCAAUCACAGGCGACGAGAUGCCUAUUCGGAGGUUGUCCACCAUUGGAAAGAGGUCCAUGCAAAACCUGAGCAAUGAACAGAGGGCAUCAAAGGUCUUAGGGAUUGUAUUCAUGUUGUUUGUGGUCAUGUGGUGUCCAUUCUUCAUUACAAACGUCACAUCGGUGCUCUGCAAGAGCUGCGACAUGGGGUUAGUGGAGAGGCUUCUGGACAUCUUUGUAUGGGUGGGAUACAUCUCAUCAGGCGUUAACCCUCUGGUUUACACUCUUUUUAACAAGACUUUCCGUGAGGCUUUUACACGGUACAUCAUGUGCAACUUUGGCAGCAAGAAAGCGCCCAAAAUACAGUGCAUGAACUUGACCAGGAUCUCUUUCCAGUCUUCUAUGGCAGAGAAUUCCAAAAUGUUCAUGAAAAACGGGAUGAAGAACGGCAUUAGCCCUGUACCUUACCAGAGCCCACUGCGGCGCCGGCAGACAAACCUGCAGCCCUCCCCUAGCGUCAUGCUGGACACCCUCCUCCUCACGGAGAAUGAGGACUGCAAACCUGAUGAGAGCGUCAGCUUUGUAUAGCAUGCAUGACUUUCUUCAGUGAGAGCACAGAGAAAGCGAUGCCACCUUAUAAGGUCACCAGAGCACUGAAGGUAAUAUGAGGAUCAUGGGGUUUGGCAUAUUUAUUGCCCUGUAAUGGAUUUUACAUCAGUCUAAAAGCCUUGGAAAUUAAACCAACCAGUGCAAUCAAUCAAUCCUAAAUGGAUGAAUUACAAAACUGUACAUUUGUGAAAAGACAAAACGACCAACUGAACAGUGUAUGCAUGUUAUUUACAACACUGCUGGUCAACAGGGUCUGCAAUAAGUAGCCUACAACGGAGGCUUUCUUAUGCAUGAUGAACGCAGUACAAAACAAUAUACCAUUUCAACUGCAUUCAUUUCUACAGAGAAUGUUUAUAUUGAACUGUAUAUGGGAUUCAAAGGAAGCAUUGAUUGUAUUUAAGAGAGUAUUUGUGCUUUGUUAUAACUUGCCUUUUCAAAUGUUAUAAAUAUGCAAAGCUAUUUGUAGAUAUUAAUUAAAAUGGGAAGUUAACACAAACUUUUCAAAUAAAAA